UGCUACUUAUUCAUUAAAAUAGCUCAUCAAAUGUGUUUAAAGCAUUAACGUUACUGCAUGUUAGGGAUGGGUGAUAUCAUAUAACAAUACAUAUCGUAGAUUGGUAGGCUAGCGAUGAUAUAAAUUGUGAAUCGAUGGAACUUUUUCUAAAUUGUUUACAAAGAUCGGGGUAAGCAAAUAUAUCUGUGCAGCUUUUAGUGGGCAGGAAUAAUUAAAAUGUUGGAGUGGGGGGAAAAAAGCAAGAGCGAUUGAGUUAUUGGGUGUGAUGGUUUGUGUUAUUAUAACAUUUUCGCAGUAACAUCUUCACAGGAGCUUUCUCUUGUUAGCUUUGUGCAGUUGAAGCCUUGUUUACACUUUUGCAGUUUGUAUGGCUCUACUGUACAGCGUGAACCUGCUGAACCUGCGGGCUCCUCAGUAAACCUACAAGGCUUUUAUGCUCUCGUAUAAAGAGAGAGUUACGACACGCUUUGGUCACGUGAUUCAGUUCCAAACCAAGCCAGGCUGUCAAUCUAAAGCUAAAUUCCCAAAAUGUUGGCGUGUUCCUUUAAGUUGAAUAAUUAUUGUUUAUGACAGAUUUAUUACAAGUUGUGAUGUAUUGGUUCAUGUCAAGUUGUCAUAACAAAGAUAUCUCAAACAAUGUCAAUCUUUGCAUUAAAAAUGAGUGAACUUUGUCAUAAAUGUGCAUAAAAUCUCCUUCAUGUUCAUGACACGUGUCAUGUCAUGAUUAUGAAGGUGUCAUGUCAGCCUUAUGCACACCCUUCAAGUAAAGUGUUACCAAAGUUUUUUUGUAGUUUUCUAUUUCCUACAGGGCAGGGGAAUGGAAGAGAUAUGUCAAAUAAAACUAAAGUGUCUAAGCAGUUGCACACAUCUAAAUGCUUUUUGGCAUUCAGAAAUAGACCCAGAUAGAAUUCAGCCUAAGGGAUACUUGCACGGAAUCCCCAAUUUCACAUGUAUUUUGUUUAUUUUCAAAAUACUGUUUUUGUAUUUAAAGGUGCAGUGUGUAAUUUUUAGAAGGAUCUCUUGACAGAAAUGCAAAAUACUAUAUAAAACUAAAGUAUCAGAGGGUGUUUAAAGACCUUUCAUAAUGAACCGUUAUGUGUUUAUUGCCUUAGAAUGAGACGUUUUAUCUACAUACACAGAGGGUGCCCUUACAUGGAAGCCGCCAUUUUGUGCAGCCAUGUUUUUACAGAUGCCCUUAACAGACUUUUUUUUAAGUUGUCUCCAACGACGACAUGUUUGUCCGAUGGCGGCUACCGUAGCUUCUCUAUGUGUUUUAAAAGCGAGAGGUGAGCAGUGGACUGAGCCAUUGGUUGCAAUUCGCAACCUCACCACUAUAGAUGCCAUUAAAAUUUACACACUGCACCUUUAAAUACAUUUUUCCACACAAUAUUUUGUAUUUGUAUUUGAAAUACAUUUUCAUGUAUUUAUGCCCAUCUCUGAUACAGUGCCUUCAUUAUUACUGUAAAAGUAUAUUUAUAGGUAUGUGAUGUAAAUACUGUUAAAUAGCUUCAACUGAUAUAUUAUCAUCUGGUCUGCCUGCUCUGCUGCACACUGUCGUUGGUAACGUUAUAUUUAAGGUACAUUUAAUAACAGUGAAAAACCUUGCUUAUUGCACAUAUCCGUGAAUAUACAAUUUAUUUUUUGAAAGAUGUCAGAAGUAAGAAGGUGAGACAGUAUUACUUUAGGCAGCUUAUGUUUUGUCCAUAUGCAUUUCACUGAAAUUUGCAAUGGUUUCACCUCAGAAAUACAUUUAUGGACAGUUAUAAGAUGUGACUCCUUAAUCUCUUACAUUAAAAUAUCCUUAUGUGUGAUAAUUGUUAGUGCAAAUAAGGAGAGAUGAGGGUGGAGAGAGAGAGAGAGAGAGAGAGAGAGAGAGAGAGAGAGAGCAUCCAUAAGCAGGUGAGAAAUUGAUCUGCUAGCUAGUGAAGUCAAAAUUCUUAUAGUUACUGGAUUAGCCUACAGCAAACAUAUUUUGCCUAUUUUUGUAUAAGAGAAGUUAAAGUGUCACUGUCAAAAUUUGUUAUGUUACAGUUUCAAAAUGACAAUACAGAGAAAACUUGGAUUAAAAAAUAGUUUAUAAAGCUGCCAUAAUGGAGAAAAUAUAUCAGCAGGGGACCACGCUUUGGAACCCCUAGAUUUGGGCUAAGCCCCCAAUGUCUACAAUGUCUGGCUCCGCCCCUGGUAUUUACUAUGAUUAUUUCUACCUUCAUGUGUAUAUAUUUUAAAAUGUCCUUUGUGCAACAAAAUGUGCUCUCUAGAUAUUGCACUACAAGCGUCUGCUGUCCAGUGUUUGUUCAUAAUGAGCGAUGAGUUGUUAUUCACUGUUAUGCAAGUCUUUCUUUUAGGAUUAAUAAACAUGGAGUCAUGCUAUCAUGUAGUGGUCAGUUUAUACGUCAGUGAUCUUAUGAAUGCAUUGAACUUCUCUUUUCAUGCAGUUAUUAUAUCAGUUAAUUGAUUAUCGGUGAUUAAAUCUUUGUUUCAGUCUCAUCAUCAGAUGUUUAUUCUUCAUUCAUGCAUUCAGUGCUGUAAUUCCCACAGCCAUCACGAGUGUCAGGGCGUCAUGCUUUAUGAAAUGGUUAAUGCAUUAGGUGAAAUAGAUAAAGGAGUUCAUCAGGCAUCUCAUGCAAUCGAGGAAACGUCUUCAGGCCAUGGAAAAGAAAGCUUGAAUGUUUUUGUAUUCAGAUUCUUCAAUGUUCACUGUUUUUUGAAAAGUCAAAGGAGUCUCCACUGAAGAAUCUGAUGAUCCUCGUGUGUUUGAGUCUGGAAAUGAAGCGGUCAUCAUGAACCAGUGAGCACAGAGGAGUUCCUUGAUUGUUGGAUUCUUGAUCGUGUGUUUCUUCAUUCAUAAUGAAGCUCGCAUUAUUAAGCGUAUCUGUCCCGCUCUUAUCCUACAAAUGUUUUGGUGAGCAUAUCUUUACAUAUUUAGCCGUCAUCAUCUGGCUUCUGCUCUUGGCUCACAUGCUAAGCCACACACAAAAAGGCUUGUCGGGUGGAUUUGGCCGUGGGGUGCUGGUGACGGGCUGUGACAGUGGAUUUGGACAUCAUCUCGCUAAGAAACUGGACAGCAUGGGUUUCACGGUGUUUGCUGGAUGUUUAAACCCCGACAGUCCUGGGGCUGAGAGUCUGACUGAAGAAGGGUCUGAUCGUAUGAAGAUAAUACAACUGGAUGUGACCAAAGAUGAACAUGUAAAGUUGGCCAAGGACUUUGUGAAGGCAAAUUUGCCAGAGAAUGGUCUUUAUGCUGUGGUGAACAACGCAGGAGUGAGCGACUGGGGUGAAAUCGAGUGGAGUACAGCUGAGGACUUUCAGAAGAUGGCUGAUGUUAAUUUAUUCGGUGCCAUCAGAGUCACCAUUGCUUUCUUGUCUCUUGUCAGGGCUUCUAAAGGUCGUAUGUUGUACGUCUCAAGUAUCUUUUCUUUCUUCAACUGUCUGAAUAUGGGAGCGUACAGCAUGUCCAAGCGAGGACUAGAGGCAUUUGCAGACUGUUUAAGAGUAGAGAUGGCCAGUUUUGGGGUUAAGGUCAGUAUUAUUCAACCUGGAAAUUUUGGUGCCGCCACAAACAUUCAACGCAAGAAAACCUCACAGGACAUAUGGGAUGAGUUUGACGCUGCACGUAAACUUAAAUUCAGCCAGAAAUACAUUGAGAUGGCGUGUGAAUAUUUUCAGUCGGUUUGCUCGUUAGGAUUUAAGGAUUGCACAAUGGUAAUCGAUGCCAUGUUGCACGCACUUACCGCUGCCAAACCUCGAGCUCGAUACCUGCUGGUUUCCUGGCUGGAUUUGUGUUUUUUCUACAUCUUCCCUUUUCUGCCCACAUACAUCACUGAUGCUGUGUUUAGUCUGAGCCCCAUGUAUCAACAUCGUGAAGUUAUGCUUUACUCUUAAAAUUCAAAUAUAAAAACCUUGACAAUAACAUAAACAAAUAAAUAUUACAUUACCAGAUAUGAAUAAAAACAGGGGUUACUUGUUUGCUUUCUAAGAAUGUUUUGUGUUAUUGAUUUUUUUCAGCUUUAACCUCCUUUGUUAAGAAACAUGAAGUCUGCAA